AUCAUAAGAGUGACAACAGUGUAUUGUUCCCGAAAACACGCCUCUAGUCAACCUAAAUUUACCAACAUGGUUUCCUUCAAGGUCUUCGCCAUUCUACCUUACGCCCUCGCGGCUGCGGCGGCGGCUACCUCGCCCAUGCCCCGCGAUACUCCUUCGACUUCAUACCUUAUUCUGCGAACUUGUGUUCCACCCACAAACUGCGGUGCACCUGUUGGCAACUGCGAGUUCUGCUGUGCCGGUCGCAAACCCAACAGCAACACCUGUCAUUCCCAUGGCGGCGUCUGCCCUGAUGGAACCACAGAGUAUCACUGCGAUGAUGCUACUCGCUAGAUCCAAGUUCUCUUCAACUGGGAUGAGCGACGAGUUACGCAAUGCACCUACAGUCAAUGAAACACACAUAUGGAGGUUACAGAAAGCGUCAAUACAUAUAAUCUAGAACCUUAAGAGUUUCAGACCGAGGAGUGCAAAGAGUGCGCGACGCUUUCAUUUUGGUUAUAGAUCUGAAGGAACCUAGUUGAAAGCAGUGUUCAACACCCUGCUUCACAGUAUUAAAGCAACAUUCAAGAAACUAUAUAUUCAGUGAACAAUUGCAAUACAAGAGCUCUUCUGCUUAACUCUUAUAUUCCAACUCUACCACAGUAAGAUAUCUAAGGGUCCUUGAAGGCGAGGGCACGCUCCACCGCU